UGGAUUUUGGAUUGAAUCUUGCUUGGUAAACCAUUAAAACACAACACAACGACGCAAAAAUGGUUAAAAGAAAGAGACAAGCGGCUGCCACCAGUGAACCUGCUGUAGAGCCUGUGGCCGCCAAGAAGUCAAAAAACGUGGAGGAAAAGACGAAACCUACAAAGAGCAGCACAAAGGCCAAGGCCGCGGAAGCAAAGACGAAAGCAGCACCAAAGAAAAACAAAACCUUUGUGGAGGAAACUAUUCAGAUCGUCGCAGGGUCAUACGACCGGGUUCUCCAUGGGCUGACAGCUGCAAUUGGCACCAAAGGCGACGUCGAAUUCGCAGAUACGUUCCUUUUCAAUGCGCAUUCGUCGGCCAUCCGAUGCGUCGCCGUAUCUCCCCCAUCUGCUCCCGCGCCGGGCCAGACGCAAAAAGUCUUGCUUGCAACCGGUAGCACGGACGAAAGAAUUCAUGUAUACAAUCUGUCGGCGUAUCCUCCGAGCAAGAAGAAGGGAGAUAUGCUGGCUGGCGUGGCACCGAGACCGAUCCAAGAGAACUCCAAGAACAGAGAACUGGGAACGCUACUACAUCACGACUCUACGAUUACGACGCUGGCGUUCCCUACGAGGUCAAAACUGCUAUCGGGAAGCGACGAUUCGACGAUUGCUGUGACACGUACGCGAGACUGGUCUAUGCUGAGCAAUAUCAAGACACCGAAGCCAACUGCACACGGCCGACCAACUGGCGAUACCGCGCCGUUUGGAGGCACGCCGUCUGGAGUAAACGACUUUGCUAUCCACCCGAGCAUGAAGCUCAUGAUUAGCGUUAGCAAGGGCGAGAGGUGCAUGCGACUGUGGAACCUCGUCACGGGAAAGAAGGCAGGCGUGCUGAGCUUCAGCAAGGAGAUGCUGAGAGAGAUUGGAGAGUCCAAGCACUCUAGCGGCGAGGCGCGGAGAGUGGUCUGGGGAACGGCGGACGGCGCGGACGAGUUUGCGGUUGGAUUCGACCGGGAUGUUGUUGUUUUCGGCAUGGACAGUGUGCCCAAGUGCCGGGUUAUGCCGACGACCAAGGUCAAGAUACACCACUUUAGCUAUGUUACGCUGGAUGAGGAGACGGGAGAGGCGCUGCUGGCCGUAGCCACCGAGAAUGGCCGCAUCAUGUUCUUCUCGACAAAGGCGGAUGACAUUUCAAAGCCCGAUGAAUCAUCAGAGGCGACUCUCCCUGUGGCCAAGCUUGUAGGCUUCGUUGGUGGAGAGGGCGUCUCUGGCAGAAUCAAGGACUUUGUCACGAUACCUAGCACGGCUAACCCUGGCACGCUGUACGUGGUGGGAGCGAGCAGUGAUGGAAAAAUUCGGUUGUGGACUGUGCAGGUCGACGAGCUGCGAGAGUUGGCAAAGGGGGAGAAGAAGGACAAGGCGGAGGAGGAGCCUGUGGGUGUGUUGAGGGGAACGUUGGUGACGCAUAACAGGGUUACUUGCAUGGCGGCGUUUUUGAUGCUGGAGAGGCCGGAGGGAGUGGAGGAUAGUGAGGACGAAGGUGAUGAGGACGAGGACGAGGAUGAUGAUGACAGCGAGGAAGACGAUGAGUGAAGGAAUUGAUUUGAGGGGGAAGGGAUAUUGUGAGCUUGCUGUAUGGAGCACAGAUCUAACUAAAUAAUAUGGCUUGAUUGACAGUGGUGGAUGAUAUAUAUAUAUGUGUACCUAGGCAUAAACAGGGGUGGAGUUGGUUGAAUUCUUAUGAUUAUAGCUAUAGUACCUAUAAAAAAAUUGUUAUUUGCCCGUG